AUAGUCAUUCACAUCGGCGUCCCACUGGGGUGAGUUUUUCCUUGCCCUUAUGUGAGCUCUGUACCGAGGAUGUCGUUGUGGCUUGUGCAGCCCUUUGAGACACUUGUGAUUUAGGGCUAUAUAAAUAAACAUUGAUUGAUUGAUUGAAAAAAACAUAUAUAAGUUGCACUGGAGUAUAAGUCGCAUUUCUGGGGGAAAUUUAUUUGAUAAAACCCAACACCAAGAAUAGACAUUUGAAAGGCAUUUUAAAAUAAAUGAAGAAUAGUGAACAACAGGCUGAAUAAGUGUACGCUAUAUGAGGCAUAAAUAACCAACUGAGAACGUGCCUGGUAUGUUAACGUAACAUAUUAUGGUAAGAGUCAUUCAAAUAACUAACAUAUAGAACAUGCUAUACGUUUACCAAACAAUCUGUCACUCCUAAUCGCUAAAUCUGAUGAAAUCUUAUACGUCUAGUCUCUUACGUGAAUGAGCUAAAUAAUAAUAUUUGAUAUUUUACGGUAAUGUGUUAAUAAUUUCACACAUAAGUCGCUCCUGAGUAUAAGUCGCACCCCCGGCCAAACUAUGAAAAAAACUGCGACUUAUAGUCCGAAAAAUACGGUACACAUUAUGUGUUAAAGGGGCUGUUUGCAACAUUUACACAGAUGUCUAGAGGGUGUUAACUUUCCAAUGUAUUUUAAGCCGUGAACAGCUAGCGUUAGCUGUCAUUGAAAGUAUAUUAUAUCAUAACAAUAUGACCGCAAAUUGUUCAUUGCUUCUCUUGGACUCAUUUUGUAUGUGUGCACCGACUUUCUAAGCGUAUAUGUGGAAGAGACAGGGUGAGUGACCGCUGUAAAUAAAAAAUGUAUUUGUUUUCAUCCCUGUCUCAAUUUUAUUUAAUUUUUUUGUAAAGAAUAUCACAUAAACUGUCACACCGCUGUGAGGGAUGUCUUGUCUUGGUUUUUUCUGUCUUGUGAAUUGCAUGUUUUGGUUUGAAAAGUAACUCUCCUCUCGUUUCAGGUCACUUGCCCUUCCUUUUGUGUCAUCAGUUUGACGUCAUCCCUGAUCCCUGAUUGUUUCCACCUGUUCCCCAUUACCUUCAUGUGUCUUAUAAGUGCCAGAAUGUCUCGUUUCGUGCCUCUCUAGCAUCAUGUCCGAGCCUUGUCUCGUCUGGAUUUUGAUUAUCCUGAUCCGGAAUUCCCUUGUUGGCAUUUUGAGUUUCCUUUUCUCCUCCUAAGCACAGUGAUUUUUGGUUAUAUAGUUUUGCAGCUGAAGUGGUGAGUUUCAGUUUUUUCUUACGUUCUCCUUUUUUCCUAAAUUUUUUGAGUGACAUAUUUGUUAACUAUUUUUCUAGAUAAGAAACGGUGAAGGAGUUUUAUAGCCAUUGUUUCUCCCUCCUUUUGGAGCGUCUUUUGUUAUUGAUAAAUUUCAUAGAUUAUAUCCUGCACUAAGUAUAGUUCGCUAUUGAUAUUUUUUGUUUCCUCCUUUCGUUGUGAUUUUCAGAUGUUCCUUUUUUGUGGAACCUUUUUUGCUGAGUAGUCAGAUUAUAGCCUAGGUUGUAUUGCCCUGACUCAGGAGGUGAAAAGUAGCUGUCAAAAUAACACAUUCAGCCAUUCACACACACACACGCACACGCACACACACACACGGCGGGCGUUGCCAUGCAAGGCCCUGACCACAACCCAUCAGAAGCAAGGGUGAAGUGUCUUGCUCAAGGACACAACGGACGUGACUAGUAUAGCGGAAGCCGGCGAUAAAACCAGGAACCUGUCACACCGCGGUGAGGGAAGUCCUGUUUUGGGGUUGUCUGGCAUACUUCCUGUCUUAUGUUGAAAAUCUAAUCCUCCUCUCGUUUCAGGCCACUUGCCCUUCCUCCUGUGUCACUUGUCUGAUGUCUCUCCUGAUUGCCUGAUUGUGCCCAUCUGUCACCCUCCCUCAUGUGUAUAUAGUCCUUGUCUUCCCCUGUCUUGUUGCCAGAGUAUAUCGUCUCGUCAUGUACCUCCAGCCGUCGUCCACAGUCUUGACCCAAGUAGAAACAAUUGGGAACAUGUGUAGCCGGGAAUUCAUCACACUCGUGUUCCUUCUCAGGCGAUCGUGCUACGCAGACUGAGCAUAUCUGCUUUUAGGGAGGAACCCAUCAGAACAUCACCAUCAUCAUCAUUACCAUCGUCGUCAUCACCGUCAGGAAACAAGUGGAAAAAUGUGCAGCCAGGAAUUCAUCACACUCGUGUUUCUUCUUGGAGCCCUGGAUUUGAAUCUGGGUGCUGUCCAGAGACCUGACUAUGACGACACGCCCACCCCAGAGUUCCUCAACCCAUCUUGGAUGUCCGCCAUCCCUGACGACCGUCCCCUCUCUGAGGUCACCAUGCCGGGGACCCACAACACCAUGGCCCUGUACGGCGGCGUCUAUGCCGAGUGUCAGACGUGGAGCCUGGCCAACCAGCUUCAAGCUGGCAUCCGUUUCCUGGACGUGCGUGUCCGCCAUGUGGAUGGUAAACUCAUCAUCCACCACGGGGUGGUAUACCAGCAGGCCCACUUUGGCGACGUGCUGCGGGGCGUAGCCGACUUCCUGAGCAACUACUCGAGUGAGACUGUGCUGAUGCGCAUCAAGGAGGAGCAGAGCGAGACCAGAGACUUCUAUGGGGCGGUGGUGGAGUACGUUAAUCGCUAUGCUCACUGGGAUCUGCUGUGGCACAGCCGCCUGGUUCCCACCAUGAGUCAAGCUCGAGGGAAGCUCAUCGUCUUGCAGGACUUUCAGGGGCCUGACUUGGGGAUGCGCUACAACAGUCUCCAGAUAGCUGAUUCCUGGAAGGUUACCACGCUCGGCCAAGUGACAGAGAAGUGGCAGAGCGUUUUUGAUCACCUGGAGGCCGCACCUGUUGGCGACAUGGCCCAGAUUUUUCUCACCUACAGCAGCGGCGCUGGCGUGUUUGCAUUCCCGAGGGCUGUGGCUCAACGCAUCAAUCCUAAACUCUACGACUACCUAAGGGAGAAGACCAACCUCCCGAACCAACGUUUUGGAAUCAUUUGCAUGGACUUCCCAGCUGCUCCCAUUAUUGAAAGCAUCAUUAACUUCCAGCUGAAGAAUGAGGGAGAAAAAAAUUCAUAGUUUGACCUUUAACACUGUCUUUCACUCAAAAUAUAAAAAGCAUAAAUAUUAAAAAGUUUAUCUGUGUUUUGUGCCAAUAAAUCAAUACACAAGU